AUCUGGGUGAGUGUUAUCGUUCACUCGUCGUCCACUCAUUUUGUGGUUUUUGCUGCUCGCUGCUGGCCAGUUGCGCCUCCUGCUCACCAGCUCGCCAUCCAGGAGCAGAGUUGAUGCUGGAUGAAGGCGCUCACGUCGUCUAACCCAGUUUACUAGCAGAUAGCGCUUUUCUUUGAGGAGAUUCAUCGACAAAGAAGAGCCAUCAUUUGGAUCCUGUCUGAACUGGUCUGCUCUAUCAGAACUUGGCUCGUUAUUCACCGUGUAGCCGCCCGAGUCGGCUCUCCCGCGAAGGAACAUGACGUACAAGCAGUAAAAAACAGAUUACAACAGCAACGACAGCACGGGCCUGCACAUACAGACUGGAUAUGGAGUCCAUCAAGACCAAGGCCACGGCGGGAAUGAAGGAGUUGGCGGGGAAGACCCUGGGCCACAUGCACAGGGUGAUGGAGAAGCGACAAAAAGGCUCGGAGGUGAUCGAGUUGACCGAGGACGGACGGCCGCGUGAGGCCGCGGAGAAGAAGCCCCCCUUGUGCGACUGCAACUGUUUCGGCCUGCCGCGCCGCUACAUCAUCGCCAUCAUGAGCGGCCUGGGAUUCUGCAUCUCUUUCGGCAUCCGGUGUAACUUGGGCGUGGCCAUCGUGGGCAUGGUCAACAACAGCACCAUCCAUCAAAACGGCAAAAUCAUCAUUAAAGAGAAAGCCAAAUUCAACUGGGACCCAGAGACGGUGGGAAUGAUUCACGGAUCUUUCUUCUGGGGCUACAUAGUGACUCAAAUCCCAGGAGGAUACAUCUCAUCCAGGCUGGCUGCAAACAGGGUGUUUGGUGCAGCCAUUGUGCUAACAUCAAUACUCAACAUGUUCAUUCCCUCGGCUGCUCGAGUCCAUUAUGGUUGUGUCAUUUUCGUUAGGAUACUACAAGGACUGGUGGAGGGAGUCACCUACCCAGCCUGUCAUGGCAUUUGGAGUAAGUGGGCUCCUCCACUUGAAAGGAGUCGCCUGGCCACCAUCUCUUUCUGUGGCUCCUAUGCUGGCGCUGUGAUUGCAAUGCCUAUGGCUGGAAUACUGGUGCAGUAUACAGGAUGGUCUUCAGUGUUUUAUGUCUAUGGAUGCGUUGGGAUGUUUUGGUACAUUUUCUGGGUACUGGUCUCUUAUGAGAGCCCUGCUGAACAUCCAACCAUCACUGAUGAGGAGCGCUGCUACAUCGAGGAAAGCAUUGGAGAGAGUGCCAUGUUAAUGGGCGGUGCUGAGAAAUUCAAGACACCCUGGAAGAAGUUCUUCACCUCAAUGCCCGUCUAUGCAAUCAUUGUGGCCAACUUCUGCAGGAGCUGGACAUUUUACUUGCUACUUAUCAGCCAACCUGCAUACUUUGAGGAAGUGUUUGGCUUUGAGAUAAGCAAGGUUGGUAUACUGUCUGCGCUGCCCCAUUUGGUGAUGACCAUUAUUGUGCCCUUUGGCGGCCAGCUGGCCGACUACCUGCGCAGUAAGAACAUCCUGUCAACAACCACAGUCAGAAAAAUCAUGAACUGCGGAGGAUUUGGCAUGGAGGCUACACUGCUACUCGUGGUAGGAUACUCUCACAGCAAAGGCGUGGCCAUCUCCUUCCUGGUGCUGGCAGUUGGCUUCAGUGGAUUUGCUAUAUCAGGCUUCAAUGUCAACCACUUGGAUAUCGCACCCCGUUAUGCAAGUAUCCUGAUGGGCAUCUCUAACGGAGUGGGUACCCUGUCUGGGAUGGUGUGUCCACUUAUUGUUGGUGCCAUGACGAAACACAAGACCAGAGAAGAGUGGCAGUACGUGUUCCUGAUUGCCUCCAUGGUGCACUAUGGGGGCGUGGUGUUCUAUGGGAUCUUUGCAUCGGGAGAAAAACAGCCCUGGGCCGACCCCGAGCUCACCAGCGAAGAGAAGUGCGGCUUCAUCGACGAGGACGAGCUGGCAGAGGAGACGGGUGACAUCACACAGAGUUACGGUGCUUACGGUGGGCCCGGCAAGUCGUACGGCGCCACCACGCAGGUGAACGGAGGCUGGGCCGCCAGCUGGGAGAAGACGGAGGAGUAUGUGCAAGAAGAGUCUCAGGGAGGAGGCUAUGGAUACGGGCAGCAGCAGGAGGGAUAUUCUUAGACCAAACACAAUGAUACAUGCGUAGACCUCUCGGGUGUGUGUCAAUAUAGUCAAAAAUAAUAUCAUCAAAUACGAACGAUAAAAAAGUAAAAAAGAAAUCCCGAUCCAUUGUUGUUGUUUCCACAAGUAGAAUGUAUCAAUGAAAAUCUACUAAAUAAGUAUUUCAAUCAAAAGAUGUUGAGCACAUAUCAAAUUGGCAACCUGUAAAUGUAUUAUAAUGCAUAUUGAUGAUAGAUAUAAUUAUCUGGAGUGAAAUUGUGUUUUAAUGUAGAAAUUCUCAUCCCAUCAGCAGAGGCCUCUAAAAAAAACAAACAUGCAGAAGCCUGCAGUAGGAGAUCCCUCAUUAAUCACAUGACCUGGUUCUGGAUCGAAUACCACAAACUACAAUCCAGACACAAAGAUCUAGAAACUUGUCACUGCACAGCUUUGUAAACAGAAACUGACCACCGUCAAUAUUGAUUGUAUCGCAUCACUAUUAAGAGCACAUUUUUUUGGUUGUUCUUGUGUAGACAUUUGACACGUGACAUAGUAACUUGUGAUUGGUAACUGGACAUUAAGGUUUGUCUCUUUUUGAUGUUGAUGCGCUGUGUGCUCCAUUUUGUAACAUGGUACCCCUGUGUGAUGUUAGCAACCCCAGCCGUGUCGUGCAACAAGUGGCAUUUCAAUAUCGCAAAAGAUUGGUCGUCAAAUAUGCAUACGUCAGAUCAUCGCCAAUGCAGAGGUGUUAACAGCAUUCUUUUUAGUGGAAGAAUAUUCAGUGUGAGAUUUAAUCGGAGGGUUGGUGCAAUGCAAAGACAAAUGAACCUGUUUGUCUCAGAAUAUAAAAACAUUCGAGUAGCACAACUAGAAAAUGCACAUAAUUUAAGCACAUUUUAGCUAACAGAAAGAUGUUAUAUGACAAAAGAUGAAGGGAACAUUCCCAUGGAUGUUAACCUUUCCUGAUAUUUAGAACAAAUUCCAACUAUUAAAUACCAGUAAAAUCAUAAUUUUCCAUCCAGAAAAUGGCCUUUUAACUAUUUGUAAAUACAGAGAUCACAAAUCGUAUUUAUUGGCCUAUUACAUGUGCACAUAGUGUAACAGAUAAAGAAUGGGUCAACACAUUCCAUUUUAGAAUUGCUCUAGGGGCCAAAGUUCACUCUCAGUGAGGGCCAUUCAUCAGCACUUCACAAUAUAAAUGUGUGUGAAUGAGUAUUUAUGCAUGAGACUUUGUGGUGAAACUUUCCUUUUGCUCACCCUCCCCUUUCGAAUGACUAUGCUUGUGUCUCAGAAACUGUUACUGAUAUUACCAUUUCUUCGCACAAUUAACCAAAGGUGAAGGGCAAAAAUUGGUUUUGCAAGAAAGUUACAUUUUCUUAGCGAGCAAAGACCAUCAGCAACAAGGUUGCAGUCUGGACCACCAGUGUACAAGUGGCACCAAACAUGUCUCUGUACUGUACAAAGCAAUAAAUCCAUAAUAACAGUUCUGGUCCAACUCUAAAAAUCACCGUUACUCAACAACAGGUUGUACUGUGUGCAUUUCUUCAAAAUGUGUGUUUCUUGUUUGGGAUAAUCGAUG